AUGAUAUCAAGAGAUCUGGCCAUGGGGAUCUUCUUCCUAUCCCAGACUUCACUAGGCUUCCUGGGGAACUUAGCCUUGCUUUGCUGUCUUAUUGUCUCUUCCUUCAGUGGGAUCAGGAGAAGGCCCACAGACCUGAUUGUCAAACACCUGACCUGUGCCAACAUCUUGGUUCUUCUCUGCAAAGGAAUCCCUCAGUCAAUGGCUGCUUUUGGUCAGACAUAUCCUCUAGGUAACAUUUCAUGCAAACUGGUCUUUUAUUUGUAUAGAGUUGCCAGGGGAGUGUCCCUUGGUUCCACAUCCCUGCUGAGUGUCUUUCAGGCCAUCACCAUCAGUCCCAGCAAUUCCAAGUGGGCACAGCUCAAGGUCAGAGCCCCCAGCAUCAUUGGUCCUUCCCUGGGCUUGUGCUGGGCCCUGUGUCUAUUUGCAAAUAGCUUAAUUAUUGUGAGACUGACUGAUAUGAAGGAUAAAGGAAAUCAUACUGAAUUAAGACAAUUUUUGCACUGUUUAAUAGUAAAAGUUAACAAACAAACUUCCACAUUAUAUGCUAUUCUAUUGGCUUUCAAUGAUGUUUUGUCUUUGGGACUCAUGAUGUGGGCCAGUGGCUCCAUGGUGUUGAUCUUGUUCAAACAUAAACAGAGGGUCCAGCAUAUCCACAGAUCCCUGUCUAAUAAAUCACUUCAUGAAACCAAAGCCACACAAAGAAUACUUAUCCUUUUGAACAGUUUUGUGGUCUUUUAUGUAGCCUCUGUCAUUUUAAUGAUGUAUUUUUCUGUUCAGGAUGGAGGAGAUACAUGGGUGACCCAUGUCAAUGUGGCCGUCAAUGCUUGCUUCCCAACACUCUGCCCCUUUCUCCUUAUUGGACAAUACACCAGGAAUUUUCACCCCUGCAGUACAUGA